CCCUACCGGGACUGACUGAUCAAAUGAAUUGGAAGUCGUCAGACCUUUAACCCAAUCCCCGACAGCACUCGGUGGUCAAUUUUGGGGAAAGAUAUUUCAUCGAAUCACCUCGCAUGUUGAACACAAAUGUGAACAAGCGUGAAGCUUUAAAAACAUGGCAGAAGAUCGGGAGAUUUUACGUGAAGUUUGGGAUGGUCGAGUUCCAGUGUGUGUACAGUUGGCUAGUGAAGACUGUAGUACACUGAGUGCUCCAGAUCCUUACUAUUUAAUGGUUCCUAGGUUAUCGUAUCUACCACUAGUGAUGGAUAAGGUUCGUAAGCAUUUCUUAAGGUUUACAACACAUGAGCUUCAGGAUGCUGAAAUGUGGCUGGAAAGUGAUGGAACACCUCUAAAAUGGCACUAUCCAGUUGGUGUGCUGUUUGACCUUCAGUGUGGAGGUUCAUCACUACCAUGGUGUCUCACUGCUCACUUCUCACACUUUCCUGAUCAUGACCUCAUCAGAUGCCCAACAAGAGAGGUGGUGGAAUCUCACUUCAUGUCCACUCUGAAGGAAGCUGAUGGUCUAAAACACAGAGGACAAAUCAUCACCAAUAUGCAGGGCAAAGACCAUAAACAGUUGUGGAUGGGCCUGUGCAAUGAUAAAUUUGACCAGUUUUGGGCCAUAAAUCGUAAGCUAAUGGAGUGUAUACCAGAAGAGGGGUUCAAGCAUAUUCCCUUUCGUUUACACUCUGUUUACCAACCACCGCUGCAGAGACUCAUUAAGCCUCAAGCAGACGAUGGUCGAAAGAUAACAUUAGGAGAUCUGCUUCAUGAAUUUUUGCCAAAUCCCAUACAAGAAGGAGACCGGGUAGUAAUUCAAGGCAUCGAGGCACCACGGGAUACACCUAUACAGUGGCUCAGCGAGCACCUCAGUCAUCCAGAUAAUUUCCUUCACAUUUGUUAUAUACCAGCUCACACAUGAGGAGGGAUCAACAAUUUUGGAUAAAUUUCUAUUUUUGCUUUAUAUACAGAGUUGUUAAUUAUUUGUGCUAUCAUUGUAGGAUAUGUUUGGUUCUUUAUAUACUAUUCUAAAAAAAAUUAAUAUUAAAAUAAGGACAUUAUAGAGUUUAUCGUAUAUAGUUUUUUAUUGUCUCAAAAUUAAACUACCUUUCUGUCCUUGUGUUAAAUUUCAAACUAUAUGUGAAUACUGUAAUGCUAUAGAAUAAAUUUUGUUCUGGA